AUGGAUCAUUGUGUGAGGUGUCCAGAAAGUCACUAUGCAAACACAGAGCAGAGCCACUGCCUCCAGAAGGCAAUGACCUUUCUGUCCCAUGAAGACCCUUUGGGGAUGGCACUCACCUGCUUGGCCCUGGGCUUCUCUGCACUAACAGCUGGUGUUCUUGGUAUCUUUGUGAAGUACCACCACACUCCCAUCAUCAAGGCCAACAAUCGGUCUCUCACUUACAUCCUGCUCAUCACUCUGACCUUCUGUUUUCUCUGUCCCUUGCUCUUCAUUGGCCAUCCCAACACAGCCACCUGUGUCCUGCAGCAGAGCACAUUUGCAGUUCUGUUCACAGUGGCUCUCUCCACAGUCUUGGCCAAAACCAUUACUGUGGUUCUGGCUUUCAAGAUCACAGUUCCAGGGAGAAUGGUGAGGUGGAUAACGAUAUCAAGGGCUCCUAAUUACAUCAUUCCAGUCUGCACUCUUAUCCAACUUGUUCUCUGUGGAAUUUGGCUGAGCACCUCUCCUCCCUUUGUUGACUCAGAUGCUCACACUGAACAUGGCCACAUAAUUAUUAUAUGCAACAAGGGCUCUGCUAUUGCCUUCCACUCUGGCCUGGGAUACCUGUGCUCCCUGGCACUUGGUAGCUACACCAUGGCUUACCUGUCCAGGAACCUGCCUGACACAUUCAAUGAGGCCAAGUUCAUAUCUUUCAGCAUGCUGGUGUUCUACACUGUGUGGGUCACCUUCCUCCCUGUCUACCACAGCACCAAGGGGAAAAUCACAGUUGUCAUGGAAGUCUUCUCCAUCUUGGCUUCUAGUGCAGGACUCCUAGGUUAUAUCUUUGUCCCCAAGAGCUAUAUUAUUUUGUUCAGACCUCAUAGGAAUGUGCUUCAUCAUGUCAGGAACAAAGCACAUUCUAGAGGAAAAUUGAUUAUACAGUUUAAUCCUUAUUUUUCUUAA